CCCCUUCCUUUCUCUCCCUCCCCCUCCCUACUCCAUCUCUCCCCCUUUCCUCUCUAACAUCUCUCUCAGAGCAUCUUAACCCUCUGUCUUUCAUAGAAGGCGACUUUGACCAUUCUUGUCACCUUUAGGGGGUGGUGGGGUGGGGUGAGGGGCACCUUCCACUUUAAGAGCGCUCCAAUAACAGGCCCAAUAAGCCGAGGGAACCAACACACUACUUCCCUGCCUCUCCAAGAGUCUUUAGUUGAAGGCUGAUGAACGCUGGGUACUAGCAAACCCGAGGGCGAGGAGAGCCAGGGAGGAGGGACUCUCUUGGGGUGCGGUGGGGGGGGAGGGAGAAAGAGAGAGACGAAAGAGGAAGAGAGAGAGAGACAGAGAGAGCAAGAGGGACAUCCACUGCUGUGUGAGUUAGAUAAUCGGCAAAAAUUUAAAAGGCGGCGGGGGGGAAGCUAUAGCGACCAGGCAAGAGGGUUUUUAAAAAAAAAAAAAAAAAAAAAAAAGCAACGCGAUUGUAGAUUGUAUGUGAGCGUCUCCGCUCUCGCUCUGCGGUCACCAGAGAAUCGCGAUGCAGCAUCCUCUGACGGGGGCCACCUGCGUGGCACUCCCCAACGUGGGCAUGUGUCCCCAGCUCUCGUGUGCCUUGACUUUUAUGUACUUACAGCAGGGUAAUCAGGAAGCAGCAGCCGCCCCUGACACAAUGGCUCAGCCUUAUGCCUCAGCGCAGUUCGCACCACCCCAGAAUGGCAUCCCUGCAGAAUACACGGCCCCUCAUCCCCAUCCCGCGCCAGAGUACACCGGCCAGACCACUGUCCCUGACCACACAUUAAACCUGUAUCCUCCUACACAGACGCACUCGGAGCAGAGCGCUGACACCAGUGCGCAAACCGUCUCCGGCACCGCCACACAGACAGAUGAUGCAGCCCCGACCGACGGCCAGCCCCAGACACAACCUUCUGAAAACACAGAAAACAAGUCCCAGCCCAAGCGGCUGCAUGUGUCCAACAUCCCUUUCCGGUUCCGGGAUCCAGACCUCCGACAAAUGUUUGGUCAAUUUGGUAAAAUAUUAGAUGUUGAAAUUAUUUUUAAUGAGCGAGGCUCGAAGGGAUUUGGUUUCGUAACUUUCGAAAAUAGUGCGGAUGCGGACAGGGCGAGGGAGAAAUUGCACGGUACCGUGGUAGAGGGCCGUAAAAUCGAGGUUAAUAAUGCGACAGCACGCGUGAUGACAAAUAAGAAGACUGUCAACCCCUACACCAAUGGCUGGAAAUUAAAUCCAGUUGUGGGCGCGGUCUACAGCCCCGACUUCUAUGCAGGCACGGUGCUGUUGUGCCAGGCCAACCAGGAGGGAUCUUCCAUGUACAGUGGCCCCAGUUCACUUGUAUAUACUUCUGCAAUGCCUGGCUUCCCAUAUCCGGCCGCCACUGCUGCAGCUGCAUACCGAGGGGCUCACCUUCGAGGCCGUGGUCGCACCGUGUACAACACCUUCAGGGCUGCAGCGCCCCCACCCCCAAUCCCGGCCUAUGGCGGUGUUGUUUACCAGGAUGGAUUUUAUGGUGCAGACAUUUAUGGUGGUUAUGCUGCAUACCGCUAUGCCCAGCCCACCCCUGCCACUGCCGCUGCCUACAGUGACAGUUACGGACGAGUUUAUGCUGCCGACCCCUACCACCACACACUUGCUCCAGCCCCCACCUACGGCGUUGGUGCCAUGCCCCAAGGUUCCAGCCCCAGCACAGACUUCAGAGGAGCUAAGCUGCAGACUUCCAGGCCUCUGCCCUCAGGCAGCUGAGCAUCUGCCUGCCUCUCCUCCCCUUUUACAAUUCAUGGUUAAAGUCAUAGUCGCUCAGGAGAGAAAGUAGACAGAGGGGCACACUUUGUGUGUGUGCCUAGUACAUAAGAAAUUAAGGAAUCAGCUAGCUUUGGGGGUUGUCUUGUUUUGUUUAUUUAUUUAUUUAUUUUGAUUUUUUUUGUUUUGUUUUGUUUUCUUCUUGGAGGGUGGGGAAUCUCAGAUUUUUGUUUUGUUUUGUUUUGUUUUUGGGAAGGGAAAGGGGAGGGCAAAAGUGUGUGGGGGGGCAAGGGGAGGGUGGAUUUGCCUAUACUUGUUCAAACGUCUAUGCACUAACACUCUUGGGUCCAGUAAGACAUGCCCAUUGCGUGGGAGCACAUGCAAUCAAUACAGCGCCUUGGCAUACAGUCUUCUGCUUGAGUUGAGAAUCGUAGUCCUCUCCCUGAAACUCAGUCCCAUGGGCAUUCAUCGGAAUGGCCAAUAAUUGCAGCAAAGAGAAAUGCUUAAGUGUUGUAGGAAGUCACAGCUAGGCAAUUCCCUAGACCCUGGGUCAUAGAAACCCAAGCAGGCGUAGAAGAGCCUACUGUUCUACAUAAGCUUAAUCACACCCAGCAGAGCUCCUGUUCCCCCCCCCCCCCCCCGCAGCAUCAGAAUAAGGACGUUGCCUAACCAAACCUAGAAGCAGGCCUUUAUUCUUAUUUCACGGUGACAUCCAACAACCCUGCUCCAAGACCUAGGCUACUUGAGGAAAAGGGUGGAAAAGAAUCCUUAAUCCCUUCAUUCAAUACAUUGUCUAGAACCAUCUUUGAUUAUAUAGAGAGCUUCUCCCAGUGGAACAUCAUACAAACAAAGAAACAAACCAGUAAAACGAGCUGGUUCCUAUCUACUCACUUUCCCAUUUGAAAACUGGAAGCCUCGUAGCUGGUAGGUAAGACCAGCUGAUCCAAUUCAGUUUCCUGGCAUUAUUAUUAUUUUUUUUCAUAAGGAGUUGCAGGAGGAGGUCAGGAGUGACCACCAUUAACUUUCUGACAAUGUCUGGGAUGGGGAAGGGGGUGCCCUCUAAUUUGGUUGGUUUUGAGUAUCUAUUUUUUUUUUUUACAUUAGUCUUUUUGAUGAUCCACAUGUUACAAAAGGCAACAUGUAAAAAAACACACCCCUCAAAUUGCUUUGUUUCAGAAUGCUUUUGCGCCCUUGACCGAUGCCAAGACUAGGAGCCAUGCUGAUGAUGUGGGUCUCGUUCUUUCUUCAUUGCAGGCUAGUAUAUACCGAGGGGGAUACAACCGUUUUGCUCCAUAUUAAAUGAUAAAACCAUUAAACAAAUAAACAAACAAACAAACCCAACCUUCCAAUGUGGGGAGAGAGGAAGCUAUCCGAGGCCUGAGUGUUGCAUCACAUGCAGUAGGACAUCAUGUUAGCAACUCAAAGAAACAACUAAAAAUCAAAAAAAAAAAAAAAAGAGGAAAAAUUACAUUUUUUAUCUUAUACCUCAGAUAUUUUGUUCUGUGUAUUUUAAUAUUGUGGGUCUUUGGUUUCUGAAGGUUUUUGUAGUUCAGUUGGCUGUAGGAGUUUUUGUGGUUGAUCUAGAGAGAGGCUAGAUAUGAAUAAAAACCGAUUUAGGGCCAUAUCCAGAGUGCUAUAUUAUGUAAAUGAAUUCUAUAUGCCGAACACGAAGCUACUAGGGUUAAGCUGUUUGGGAAGACUGUAAAUGGCAAGUCAUUCUUUCUGCAUCUAUAUUAUUUUAUUCUGUGAAAGGGGAGGCCGGGAGGGUCUUAGGGGUUUGGGACUGGGGUUUGGCUGAAAGGAAAAAAAGAAAAUAUAUAUAUAUAUAUAAAUACAUAUAUAUAGUAACUGAUGAAUCUAAGUGACCCACUGCACCAACUAUCAUAAAUUUAUGGUUCUAAGUUACUCCUGGCAAAGUCAAGCCAAAGGCUAUGUUAAGAAUCCGUUUCUUAUAGCCCGGAGAUUGCAGUUGAAGGAAGGAAGCUGUGUCGGCCAGUCCACCCUCUUAUCAUUCCACCUGCAGUACUCAGCUUCUUACCUACCCACUAGUUAUUUAAGCAAAGGCUACUAGUUAGGCCAUCAAUAAGCAUUCUUUUUAUAUUUCUUCCAGUAUGAGAAAUUAUUGAUAUCACUGCUGACUUUUAUAUUACGGGAGGGAAAAAUUAACAUUAAUAAAAAGGUGAUUAAAAAAAGCACUGUUUCUAUUUUUUUCUUUUUUUCCAAAAAAGAAAGUAAUAAAAACUUAAAUUCUUUGUACCAGUUAAAACUAUGUAUAAAAUUUACAUCUGUGCAGUGGAGUUAUGUUCUAGAACAGUCUCUGAGGCUUUAGUUUAGCUUAGUAGAUUAACUGUUAGAGACAGACGUAUAAUUUUUAUGGAAUUACAUGAUAAUCAUAUCUGGAUUUAUAGUCGCAUUUUACAAGUAUCGCAAUCAUUGAAUAGAGAUAAUCAUGGUAUUUUCAUCAGCUUGAUACUUUUUGAAAACAUGACUGCGCUGUGAGCAACUUGCAAUUUUUCAGUCUGUGAGAGCCUGCCCUUCCCUCUCCCCCGUGCCCCAGGGUUAUCAUAAACUGGUUAUCUUUAUUUCUAUUGCCAAGGCCCAGCAAUUGUCAUAAGGAAGCAAACACAAGACAAAAACAAAACAAACAAACAAACAAAAAAAACUAGAACCAUCCCCACCAUCCCCAAAGAAGAGUGUCUGCCCCAUCCUUUCUCGGAGCAGGGCCAGAGCAGCACAGUCGAAAAAUUGCAGCUUGCGAGAUUUUCUUCUGUUUGAAUCCCCCCCAUGUUGUCCUGUUUACAAGUUAACCUAAGUUGGGGUAUCUGUCAUGGGUCUUCCUGUUUUGUAUUUAAAUUCUAAAAUAUCAGCAAGCUGUUCCCUGAGUAGUGUUACUGCCUGUGUGUGCGGUGCCGGCCCCACGGCACGCACUUUAGUAAGUUAUCAACUCACGCUGUGAACCUGCCAAUCUGCUGUAACAACUCUGCUUUAAAAUCAAAACCAAACAAAACUUUAAAAAGAAAAAAAAAAGUGUUUGUGAUCCAGCUUUUCCUCGUCGUCCUACGUGCAUGCCCGUAAGAUCGGUUGGAUAUUAAACCAUCAAUAAAGUCUCAUGAGAUUUGAAAACAAAGUUUUUGUAGCUUCGAUAUCUAAGACAGGUGAUCAUGGUUUGGGAGAGAAAGAAAAGCAAAGGGCGAGGAGGGGAAGGGAGAGAAACUGCUGAACUGGUGAGAAGAGAAACUGGUCUUCCACCAGACCUCUUUGAGUAGGGAGAGACGGGUCCAGAGGGAACCGUUUGACAACAUCACGUUCCCACUACCCUGGCUUGCUACAGUGUGCACCUGGUUGAUGUUAUCCAAGGCAACAAUUUAUCACGAUGCUGUAGCAUUCAACCCCAGAUGGGGUCAAGAUAGUAAUAGAAAAAGGGGCUGCAAAAAGAUCAACAGACUCCUCCCAGUCGCCCCAGCUUUUCAAGCCCAGAACCUGCAUUGUGUAUGAAAUCACAAACAUGGAAUUCUUACUGUGCUGGCUAAAGUAAAACUCAUUUGCGGUUUUGAUUUCCAUCAAUGAACUGUACUUUCCCCUACGAUCGUAUGUAGUUUUAAUAAAAAUCAUUUAGAGCAAGUGGGUGCCAACCGAUGUCGCAGAACCUUUUGUCUAGGCACUCCGCUGAGCUGCCGAUAAGUCGUUUUAAACUGUCAUGUCAGAGGUGUAAACAAACAUUUUGGAUUUUUUAAAACAACAGUAUUUAUUUGGAAUGUUUUCAUUUAUCUAAAUAACUAUUGCUAUUAUGAAUUAUGGAAAAAAAGAUUAAUGUGGCAUAUAGUGACUUCUUAACACACAUCACUCAAUCUGCAAACCCAGAAAAUGUGUAUAUCUGUCUUUAGAAAUUAGUGUUUAUAUCACUUACAGUGGUUUGUGAAUAAAGAAAACUGGUUUGUAAUAUCAAAAAAAUAAAAGCUUAGUCUGAAAAGGUA